AUGGCUAGUUACCAAUAUUUUAGCUAUGUAGAUCUGUACAAAAUCAACAGCGUGAAUUUGGACCCAUUCACCGAAGUGUUCAACGAUAAAUUCUACUUGAGAUAUAUUUAUAAAUGGCCACACAUGAACAUAGUUACCAAAGAAAUGGAUGAUCAUAUAAGCGGUUACAUCAUAGGAAAAGAAGAAGGACUGGGGAAGGAGUACCACGGUCAUGUUACCGCCCUGUCUAUUGAGGAAGACAGUAGAAGAACAGGAAAGGGAGUGGAUCUUAUGAAUGAGUUUGAAAAGAUAUCAAGGGAUGUUCACAUUGCGAAUUUUGUGGAUUUGUUCGUCCGUAUUACAAAUGAUCCAGCAAUUAACAUGUAUAAAAAAUUGGGAUACAUAAUUAAUGAAGAAAUUGUAAGUUACUACUGUGGUAAUGAAAGUGCCCUCGAUAUGCGUAAGUAUAUAAAUUUACGCACAGGGGCAUGUGUGAAGUGA